CGAUUGACGGAAAAUUAUGCCGGCUGCGACGAUGGACAGAAGGUCAAGCUGAGGCAGGGAUUUGCCGAUGCUGCAACGCUGGCGAACAUUGCUAGCGCAAUCGACACAGAUAGUACAGCGUGGUCUCACUAUUUUCGCACAGGCAUUGGCAGAGAUGAUGAUGUGAUAAAUGCGAAGAAGAUUUGGGCCAUGGUCGCGGCCAACAAUGAUCCUACCAAUCCGCCAUAUUCUUUAGCUAUCACAGACGCCGUACCUCAGGAUGGCGAUACUCUUCGCGAGAUGCUUGUCUGCCCUCUCUUUUUCGACCCGAAUUCGAAAUGGACCAAAAACGAUCUUCAGUCCCGGAAAUUCAUAGCGCCAAAGCGUAAGGCCAAUAGCUGGUGCGCUCCGGGUGAAAAGUUUGGCUUUUUCGAAGUCGCUGGCCUGACACUUCUACACGAGAUGACGCAUUUCGACGUCAUUGGAAAAGCAGCUGGAGUGGCAGAACACGCAAACGGUGAAUUUUGGUUCAACACCCAUGGUUCUGACGAUGUGGGUGGAUUUGGGGACGACUACCCUCGUGCAGCACGUGCUUUGGGAAGAUAUUGGCAGCAAGGGCUGAAUGAAAAGGACACCCUUGAACCCUGGCAGAAUGCCGAAAGUUUGGCUGCCGCAGCAUUAGGUAAGUGGGCUCUG